AUGGCUGAUGAAGGUAGUGAACGUUUCGAAAUAGAACGUAUUGUUGACAAACGCUAUCGUAACGAUCGAUUGGAAUAUCUCAUUAAAUGGCGAGGUUACCCCGACAGUCAAAAUACGUGGGAGCCCUCAAGUAAUAUCGAAGGCGAACAAGAAUCGGAAUUACUUGCUGAGUACGAAGCGUAUAACAAACAACAGCAACACAAAUUAGGUAAUUCAGGACAAAGACCACCAUUGAAUAAUAAUAAUAAUAAUAAUAUAUCGCCUAGUAAACGUCGAAAUGACGAAUUAAUGAAUAGUGGUAUGAAAAAACGGCCAGGUUUUCAAUCUACAAACACGCCCAGUGGUUUUGAUCGAGGCUUUGAAGCCGAAAAAGUGUUAGGUGCAACCGACUCAGCUGGUGAACUCAUGUUACUAGUCAAAUGGCGUCAUUCGGACGAAGCUGAUCUUGUUCCGGCACGAAUCGUAAAUGUGAAAUGUCCUAAUCUUGUUAUUGAAUUCUAUGAACAACACUCCUUUUGGGUUCGAUUACCCAAACUAAAUCAAACUGAUGGAUCUACUACACGAUAG